ACAAAGCCGUCCGUAUUGCGUUCAGUUCCUCCUCGAACCGGUGUAGGUAAGCUGCUUGGCUUUGUCGUCAACAAAAGACAUAAAUCUCCGACGACUAGAAAAUUUGCCUAAAAUCUAAGAUAUUAGAGCUUUUAUCGUCUUUCUCGGAGGAAAAGUUGAAGCGAACGGGGCGGUGUUCUUCUUGUCGAGGCGAGAAUGCACAAAUAACCACCGACAACAGUUUCCUGUGAGAAGGCCGUCCGCGUGGUCAGGAAACUGAGGCCACACUGCUCCCCGGCCAGCCCCCUCUUAUGAUGAGGUGACCCUGGUUACCAUAGCGACCCCCGGGCAGCGAUGGGGCAGAGGCUUUCUGGGGUCGUCAAAUCGGCGGAGGAGGAGGAGCAACAGCAGCAGCAGCAGCAGCAGCAGCAGAGACGUGAGGUCGACCUCCCCUACCGGCCGCUGCGCCCCACGCUGAGGGGGUCAGAGGUCGCGCUCCCUCCCCGCCUGGAGCUGUUGCUGGACAUGCCGGCGGCGGGGCCAGAGCUGCAGCUCCGGCACGCCUGGAACCCCGACGACCGCUCGCUCAACGUCUUCAUCAAAGAGGAGGAUCGCCUGACCUUCCACCGCCACCCCGUGGCCCAGAGCACCGACUGCGUCCGGGGACGGGCGGGGUUCACGCGCGGGCUACACGCCUGGACGCUGCGCUGGCCCGUCCGACAGCGCGGCACGCACGCCGUCGUGGGGGUCGCGACCUCUCUGGCCCCCCUGCACGCUGUCGGAUACACCGCGCUCGUGGGCGGAGACGCCGAGUCCUGGGGGUGGGAUUUGGGGCGUGGCAAACUGUACCACGACAAGAAGAGCCAGGCCGGGCCGGUGCCGACGUACCCGCAGUUCCGCGGGCGCGAGGAAGAGGAGGACGAGGAAGGGGCGGGGUUUUCGGUGCCAGACGAGAUCCUGGUGGUUCUGGAUAUGGACGAGGGGACGUUAGGGUUCUGUGCUGAUGGACAGUUUCUGGGCGUGGCCUUCCGUGGGCUGAAGGGGAAGAAGCUCUAUCCAAUCGUCAGUGCCGUGUGGGGUCACUGUGAGGUCACGAUGACGUACAUCAAUGGCCUGGACCCGGAACCUCUCCCUCUGAAGGAGUUGUGCAGACGUGCGGCCCGGCAGGCUUUGGGUCGGGACCGGAUCCAUCUGAUCCCGACCCUGCCUCUGCCCCAAACCCUAAAGAACUACCUUCAGUACCAGUGACCCGGACCUCAGCAUGUUUAACAGCAGCCGCAGCACUGCCGCCCAGAGCCCGGGUUCUGACCCGGACGGGCCUUCAUGUGCUGAUCCAAAAGGACCGGUGGAUUUUACACGACGGGUUGAGGCGGGCGCGUGUUUUAAAACGGACGCUUGCCGUCCGCUCGCUCCCAGAAACAAAGCUCUGGGUCGUAAACGGCUCCAGUUCGAAAAACGCUUUUGACCGAAUGCGACCGCGACGCGAACGUUUGGGAUCGUUCCUCUGGAGAGGUGAGAUGGCACGGAGAAACUGACGAAGACGACGCCGGGAUGAGGAAGGUCACAGAAACCUUUUAGGGGGGGGGGGAAUGUUGAUGAAUUAUAGGACCUUAAUGUCUGACAGAAGCUGGGGGGAAAAAAAAAAGUGUUUGUGCGUUUGCGUGCGUCCCUCAGCAUCAGACACAAGGUAUGAACUGCGUGAUAUGACCGUGAUAUGACCGUCUUCCAUAGACUGGAGAAAUCCUCCUUGAGGGUUUGUUUUGUUAUUGUUUUGUUUUUUUUUGUUUUUUUUUAAACAUAACCGGACAUGAUGUUUUUUGACUAUUCUGCCGUGAUUGGCCGCCGGGGUUUUCAAAGCUCCUCUUUUUAAUAAGAACUCUAAUUUGAUCUGUGCUUGUUACAGCAUGUUGGUGAUGAAGAACAUGAUGGUGUCCUUUAGGGUGUAAGCAAUUGACUGUACAUUGUGUUUUUUUUUUUUUGUUUUCAGCACAUCCCAUUUACAGGUUUCUUACCGAUGACAGUGAUGAUUUGCUCUUUUUUUUUAAAUAUUGUUUGAAGCUGG